AAGAUGAGUAGGGAUAUCGCCAAUCAACACGCGAGAAUUUAGCCAAAAAUACGAUCCAUGCAUUACCGUCUCCAAUAUCCAAACGGUCGAAUUAUAUACACAUUUCUUCCUUCGGCAGUUUUGCUGGGAGAAACACAACUAUGAAAAAUUGAUAUAACUGGAAAAUAUUUCUAUGCUUACAACUACAACAAAAGAUUUUAUAUAUUUUUGUAAUAAUAAUCUGAAUUGUAAUAACAUAUUUUGUCGCUAUAAAGAAUUUAUAUGCCCAUUACAGUAUGGCAAGUACAAAGAAAAACAGUAGUUGGUUGAUGUCAUCAUUUGAAUGUGAACCUAUCAAAAGAACACCAGGGAUUAAACGUAACAUUUCACAAGUACUAGAAACUAGUGCUUUAGAAGUAUCAAGCACUUAUGAUAUAAUGCCGAAAAAAAAGAAUGCUAAUAGCCUGUUUGCAUUACUGGAAGCCUGUGACGCACGAAGCCCUUCUGAAUUAGUAGUUAGUAGACAAAAACAGCAAGAGAUUCUAAAUUGGUUACAAUAUAAAGUAAGGAAAGGCACACCUGCCAUAUUAAUUUUAUCUGGUCCAUCUGGUUGUGGGAAAACAACAGCUCUAAGGGUUCUUGCAAGAGAAAAUGGUUUCAAUAUUACAGAAUGGAUUACUCCUAUUGAUCAAAUUAUGGAUGAAAAUAACAGAAUAAUGAGACAAGGAGACAGAUUUGAAGAAUUUUUAAUCAGAGCUACCAGAUAUAGUUCAGUUUUAAGUAAUUAUUCUAGUCGUUUACUUCUUGUAAAAGAUUUUCCAAAUGUCUUUUAUGAGGAGAAGGAGAGUUUCUUUUCUCUUUUGCAAAGGUACUUUGAAAUUGGAAAAGAACCUAUAGUGUUUGUAUGUACAGAAGUAGGAAAUUCAAAAUUGCUUCAAACAUUAUUUUCUCCUAAUAUAAGAGAAAAAUUUGGCAUAGAUUUAAUUAAUAUAAACUCUGUUACACAAACUGCAAUGAAAAAUGCAUUAAAAAGAAUAACUAAGAUUUUGAAUUCAAUUGCUGGGCAUAUGUUACAUGUUUCACAAAAUAAAGUUGAUGAAAUAUUAUCAAAUAGCAUAGGAGACAUUAGAAAUGCCUUGUUAAAUCUAAUUUUCAUUUCAUUAAAAGUACCAGAAGAACGAGAAAAUAAAUGUAAUAUUCGAGAAGAGUCUUUAGGGCUUCUUCAUGGUGUCGGGCGAGUAAUUAAUCCAAAAAGAAUUCAAACUGAAAACAACUGGAAAUUUGUACAUGAUCCUGAUGAAAUAGCAGCUUUCUUCCAGUCACAAGCAACAGUAUUUUUGAACUUCCUGCAAGAAAAUUAUUUGAAUACUAUGGGAAACAUAGAGGAAGUAGAUAUUUCUACAAAUAUUUUAAGUAUAGCAGAUGUUUUAAAUUCUGAGUGGCGAGAUUCAACCUUAAAUAAAGUUAUUUUAUCUUAUUGCGUCCGAGGUUUAAUGGUAACGAACCAAAAACCCGUUUCUGGGUGGAAUCCUGUAAGAAAGCCACCAAGUGAUAAAAUCGAUGCGCACAAAUGUCUGGCAGCUGCCGAAAUUCGAUGGUACGAUUCCAUAAUCAGUUCAAAAUCGAAAAGUACAUUGGAACAACCCGUUACCAACAUCGAGGAGAUUAUUAUUCAAUAAAGUUCAUGGAUAAUAAGGUUGUAAUGAAGAAAGAUGUAUCGUAUAUAUUUAUUUAUGCUUUAUUUUCUACUAGAAUCAUGUAAAUGUAAAAUAUAAUAUCGAUAGAAAUCGAAUGACACAAAUUUGUUUGAGAUUUCUUAAUUUUCGAAAUGUUUGUAUAUAUCGUUGAAUAAUAUUAUUUCAUACUAUUAUUUAUUUUGCUUAACAUCGUCUAAUAUAUAACAAUCAGUAUUUACGCAGAAAAACAAAUGUUAGCGGGAAUUACACUGAUAAAUACAAUAAAAAUACGUUUUGUGUAA